AUGGGACAGUGCCCGAAGUGCAAUGAGGAUCACCACUCUUCACUGUGCACUGCUUCUGAAAGCAGACGUGUCUCAACGAAUUCAAUUGCCAGGCGACAAAACGCGUCACCAACUUCAACUCAACAUGUGAUAUCAACGGUCUCCUUCUCGAAGCAAGCUUCCCGCUCAAGACCAGAAGGACCACGCAUUUCACAAGAGGGCACUAACCAAGCAUGGAAGGCAAACAAAUCACAAACAAAAUGUGCAGCUCUCCCUAAGAACACUGUUAGUGACUCAGAACAAGUGACAACCGAUCAGUGCGUGUUGCAAGUGGCAUCUGUACUAAUCUUCAGUGAAGCUGAGAUGGACUAUGAACCAAUCAAUAUCCUACUCGACUCAGGAGCGCAGCGAAGUUUCAUAAGAACGGAGGCCAAAAGCCAUUUACAGCUCCCAACACUAUGUUCUACAAAGCUAACCACUAUAGGAAUGGGAGAACUACGAGAGACGUUUAACACAGAAGAAGUUAGAAUAACUCUGAAAGGUCUCCAUAGCUCCAAAAAAUUGAUGAGGCAAUCGGUUCAUACCAAGCAGAAAUUGACUACAACGACACGGACUGCAGAGCUCUCAUACGCUGACAAGAGAUUCAUCAGCGAAUGCAAUAUCUCAAUUGCUCAGCAGACCCUGAAGUCAUCCGAAGUUACACCUGCUAUCAUAAUAGGGCAGGAUCUACUCAACCAAGUCGUUCGUUAUGACAUACCAGUGAAGAUUCUGCCAUCUGGAUUAAUACUGACUCCCACGAUAUUUGGAUACACAAUAUCCGGUACAAGCAAAAUCAGCUCUACAAAAGCUAAGGACAGCUUUAUAUGCACUUCCCAAUUCAAUGUUGUGCCAAGUUCGAACGUAACCGAAAAACUAAAAAGGAACGCUACAGAUUCUUGCAAGAUAAAAACAUUGUCACACACAAUCCCAGGCUGCAGUGAAACAGCUCUUCACCGUGAACGCCUAAAAUGUCGACCAUCAAGAAGCAAGCGCCGAAAAGAAGCAAUAGAAGUGAAAGAUAUAUGGAAACGACGCGACCUGUUAGACAACUCAUUCAACUUUGUCGUGCGAGGACCGUUCUCACUACAGCACCUGUAUCAGAAAUAA